AUGGCCUUCCCCGAACACGUCAAGCGCUUUCCGCGCGACAACUGGGACGGCGUCAUGUUCACCUAUCCCCCCAUCCCCCGCGGCCUGCUGGACUCGAAGGCCCGCUGGGCAGCCCGCACCGCCAGCUUGCGGUGGCAAGCCGCGUUGGACGCCGGGGACGCCGGCACGCUAGAUGCGGUCGAUUUUACGGUCGCCGUCUUUGAUGUCGCCUGCAACAUAAAGGACUACAUGCGCGACGUGGGAGUGCAGCGCGGCGGCCGGAUCACAAAGCCCGAGGACUGGCGCGCGUUCACUGACCGUGUCAUUGCCCACGCCUAUCGUCUCGGUUGCUCCGCCGUCAGUGCACGCUUUCCAGAGUUCUCGGUGCCCUCGCUCGACGCCGUGCGCAACUUUGCGCGUGGUGCCAUGGACUGCGUGUUCGAGGAAGGUAUCGAUUCGUGGGGCCGUGUGUAUCGCAGCGGCUAUGACGAGGUGCGCUUCACCGACCGGUACAUGCCCCACUUGGACCAGCUGCCGCUCCGUGCCUUCACCGUUGUCGACCACACUCUCGACGGCGACCCCGCGGCCGACGACAGGCGCCUUGUUCUGCUCCUCGAUGGCCGUGACAACGUCGUGCGGCAAUACCGUGGCAGACACGACCGAGGCGACGACGACGCUAACUUGCCUGCCUCGCCAUGGCCGACCACGCCGACCACAGUGGCGUCUCCCACAGUGGACGUGGCAACGGCGUCCAAAGACAACGAGACAACUGCAGACGACGAUUAG